AUGGAGUUUGGGACAUUGUUCCAUUGCCUGAAGGACACAAAGCAGGUCGGGUGUAAGUGGGUCUUUAAGACCAAACUCAACUGUAAUGGCAAUGUUGAACGAUAUAAAGCCAGACUUGUGGCCAAAGGGUUUAAUCAAAAAGAAGGCAUUGAUUAUGAGACAUUUUCUCCCGUGUCAAGAAAAGACUCUCUCAGAAUUAUCUUGGCGUUAGUAGCUCAAUAUGAUCUUGAGUUACAUCAAAUGGAUGUGAAAACUGCCUUUCUUAAUGGAGACUUAGAAGAAGAAGUCUACAUGUGUCAACCUGAAGGCUUCAUAAUUGAAGGUCAGGAAAACAUGGUCUGCAAAUUAAAGAAAUCAAUAUAUGGACUGAAACAAGCUUCGAGGCAAUGGUAUCUAAAGUUUGAUGAAAUCAUUACGAAAUUCGGUUUCAAAGAAAACAUUGCUGCGGAUCCAUGUAUAUACCUCAAGAUCAGUGGGAGUAAGUUCAUAUUUUUGGUCUGUACAAGACCUGAUAUUAGCCAUGCAGUCGGUAUGUUGGGUAGAUUUCAAAGUAACCCAGGACUUGCUCAUUGGAAAGCUGCAAAGAAAGUGUUGAGAUAUCUAAAAGGAACAAGAAAUAACAUGUUGACAUAUCGAAAAUCAACACAUCCACAGAUGGUUGGAUUUUCGGACUCAGAUUUUGGUGGAUGCCAUGAUUCUAGGCAUUGCACUCUUGGCUAUGUGUAUCUCCUUUGCGGAGGGAUCUUGGUUGCGGAAUUCGUCUCCGAGUUUAAGGCCUUAAGUUUUGUUGACAAACCUUUAACUCUUUAUUGUGACAAUCAAGCUGCAAUCUUCUUCUCUAAGCAUGAUAGGAUAUCUAAAGGAGCCAAGCAUAUGGACCUUAAAUAUCUAUCAUUGAAGCAAGAUGUUAAAAGAGAAAAGUUUGUCAUUGAACACAUAGGCACUGAACUCAUGGUUGCAGACAUAUUUACAAAAGCAUUACCUCCUAAGACAUUUAAGAAGCAUGCUGAAAGUAUGGGUCUUGAGGAUAGCUCUUAA